AUGACGCCUACCUCUCCUCAAUGUCUCCAACCACGAUCACCUGUUCCACCGGGUAGGGACACUGGACUCUAUUAUAUUAAUGUUGCAGGAUUACCCUGGCAAUGCCCAUGGCAAGACUUGAAGGAUCUCGCCCGAGCUGCCCAAACUGAUGGAACAUGUAUCAACGUUGAGCAUGCAGUAGUGUAUCCUGGCUCCACUAAUGGCUGGGUCAGCAUUCGUGGAGGAAGGGAUGAGUUCCUAAAAGUGUUGGCACAUCUAGAUGGGGGGAUUCUUGAUAAUCGCUCCUUGAUUGCUGACGGACGCAAUGAGACCGAGUGGGUCCAUCUUCGGGACCUUGAUACUUUACAGUCUCGAAAACACCGAGUCAAUAAAACAUCCACCGGCGGCCCUUUCAUGCCCUCUCGCUUUUCUUGUGAACAGCCAGCCACUCCACCCCAGUGCUCUUACACAUACGUUAUUCCAGACCCAUCUUUAGCAUGGCACUUCCCACACCCCUCAGCUUGUGGCAACUAUUCUCCAAUACUCCCGACAGGAUUUGUGGCCCCUAUGAUGCAAUUUCCGAGUUCAGCAACUGAAUACUACCCGGGGGCGCCUGUAUCAGUUAUACAUCCAGAACCGAACAAGAUCAUUAUCAAAAAGCUUCCGUGUGGAAUCAAUGAAACUUACCUUUACGAUUUUCUCCAACAGAGGCUACCACCAGAUUGCAGCACUAUUCAAACCGUCAAAAUAGCCCGUCACUCUCCGAAAGAACCUAAACGACAUGCAUUUAUCACGUUUGAUAGUUAUGCUGCUGCUCAAACUGCGGUGACAAUUCUAGAUGGGACCGAGUCUUGGGGGUGCUAUCUACAGGCACGCUUGGUCAGGGAAGGGGCGUCUCCUACCAAAAGACAUGCUCCACAGCGGUCACUCGCUUCCCGAACGCGAACAAUACCGAAUCCGCCGGCGCCGGUAAUUACCAGCAAUUUCUCGGACGAUUCCCAACAAAAAGUGUCCCCUGUUGUUUCUUCAUUGAUGGCAUAUUCAAACUGUUCGAGAUCACCGGAGCUGGAGUCCCCAUCAAACUCUGAUGACAUAGUUUAUACAACCCCGGCUGUUGUGGAUGGAUCUUCGAGGGCUGUAGUAGCUAGUUUGGGAUAA